CGGCUGAAGCAGAAGGCAGGUGAAGACCACCGCUUGCCCUCACCUGCUCAGGACAGAAGAUGGUAACCAUGCUUAGCUUAUAAAAACUCCUGCUUGCAUCUUAAUACACAAUGUCCCUGCUGUUCAUUCGCUCUAAGUCCAUCAUCGCUAGCAAAAAGGACAAGAGACAUAUGGCGGACGUCAGUGCCUCCCCCCUUAAGCAUUUUGUCACCGCCAAGAAAAAAAUAAAUGGCAUCUUUGAACAGCUGGCGGCUUACAUCCAGGAGAGCUCCGUGUUUCUGGAGGAAACGCACAAGAAUGGGGAGCUUGACCCGGUCACCACGGAAGAGCAGGUGUCAGAGGUCAAGGGCUACCUGUCCAAGGUCAGCGGGAUCAGCGAGGUGCUGGCAAGGCGACACAUGAAGGUGGCUUUCUUUGGGCGGACAAGUAAUGGGAAAAGUACUGUGAUUAACGCCAUGCUGUGGGAUAAAGUCCUUCCCUCUGGGAUCGGCCACACCACAAACUGCUUCCUGAGAGUGGAGGGGACGGACGGCCAGGAUGCCUUCCUGCUCACCGAAGGGUCUGAGGAGAAGAAGAGCGUCAAGACGGUCAACCAGCUGGCUCACGCCCUCCACCAGGAUGAAUUGCUAACCGCCGGGGGUUUGGUCAGCGUCAUGUGGCCGAAUUCCAAGUGCCCUUUGCUCAAGGAUGAUCUGGUUUUGAUGGACAGCCCCGGGAUCGAUGUCACCACCGAGCUGGAUAGCUGGAUUGAUAAGUUCUGCUUGGAUGCAGAUGUCUUCGUGUUGGUGGCCAACUCUGAGUCGACGCUGAUGCAGACGGAGAAGCAGUUCUUCCACAAAGUCAACGCUCGCCUCUCUCGGCCGAACAUUUUCAUUUUAAAUAACCGCUGGGACGCUUCGGCCUCCGAACCCGAAUACAUGGAGGAGGUUCGCCGGCAGCACAUGGAACGUUGCACCAGCUUCCUGGUGGACGAGCUGGGGGUGAUGGAUCGGGGCCAGGCUGGCGAUCGCAUCUUUUUUGUCUCUGCGAAAGAGGUCCUGAACGCCCGCAUCCAGAAGGCUCAGGGUAUGCCCGAAGGAGGCGGGGCACUGGCCGAGGGUUUCCAAGUGAGGAUGUUUGAAUUCCAGAAUUUCGAGCGAAGGUUUGAGGCAAGGAUAUCUAGCCAUUCCCUCCCUUCCUUCCUUCUGCCUCGCAGGGUUUACUGCCUGGAGAAGUGGGAUGACCGCCAGGAGCGCCUGGGAUUCAUAGAGAAACAGCUGGACCUGCUCACUCAGAGCUACAAGUUGAAAAUCAAGGAGAUCACGGAAGAGGUGGAGCGCCAGGUCUCCAACGCGAUGGCGGAAGAGAUCCGGAAACUCUCGGUCUUAGUGGAUGAGUUCCAGCUGGAUUUCCACCCUUCCCCCGUGGUCCUGAAGGUUUACAAGAACGAGUUGCACCGGCAUAUCGAGGAAGGCCUGGGCCGAAACAUGUCCGAUCGUUGCUCUGGUUCCAUCUCCGCCUCUUUGCAGACCAUGCAGCAAGAAAUGAUUGAUGGGCUGAAGCCGCUCCUCCCCGUUUCCCUGAGGGGGCAGAUUGAGCUGCUGGUCCCCAGGCAGUGCUUCACCCUCAGCUACGACCUGAACUGCGACAAGCUCUGCGCCGACUUCCAGGAAGACAUCCAGUUCCAUUUCUCCCUCGGCUGGACCAUGUUGGUGAACCGGUUUCUGGGGCCCAAAAAUACACGCCGGGCCUUGAUGGGCUACAGCGACCAGGUUCAGCGUCCGUUGCCCCUGACCCCGGCGAACCCAAGCCUGCCCCCCAUGCCACAGGGAUCCUUGACUCAGGAGGAACUGAUGGUCUCCAUGGUGACCGGCCUGGCCUCCCUCACCUCCAGGACUUCCAUGGGCAUCCUGGUGAUUGGUGGAGUGGUCUGGAAGGCGGUGGGAUGGAGGCUGAUCGCCCUUUCCCUGGGCCUCUAUGGACUCCUUUACAUCUAUGAGCGCCUCACCUGGACCACGAAGGCGAAAGAGAGGGCCUUUAAGCGCCAGUUUGUGGACUACGCCGGGGAGAAGCUCCAGCUCAUCGUCAGCUACACCGGCUCCAACUGCAGCCACCAAGUGCAACAGGAACUGGCGGGAACCUUCGCUCAGCUUUGCCAGCAGGUGGAUGUGACGAGAGAAGAUCUGGAGAAAGAACUUGCAGGCCUGAAUCAAAAGAUUGAGAUUUUGGAUACUUUACAGAGCAGAGCCAAGUUACUCAGGAAUAAAGCUGGAUGGCUGGACAGCGAGCUGAACAUGUUCACACAUCAGUAUUUGCAACAGAGCAGAUAAGCCACCGAAAUGGGGAGUCCACGGGGAGGCUGCCUGCUCCCCCCUACUCCUUCCCAGUCACACUACUGGGAAAACAAUUCCAGAUGAUGGGAACUUUUUUUGGGGGGGGGGGGGGGGAAGUGGAAAGUCUUCGAUCCUCUUGGCUCCCAUCCCUUCCGUGCACACAGUUAUUUUGAAACCUGUUUUCUGCUCCCGUCGGCGCUUCUAUUCUCGUAGCCAGCCCUUGCAAUCUUAGCCAUUUGGGGCUCAGUAGGAAGAAAGUUGACAACCCUGAUGGCUGGGAUAUCCCAACCCCCGGAUCUAAUCCCGUGACUCGUUUUAUUUUAGCCCAUCCGUGAAAUAGCAGCUUAAUUUGCUGCUGCUGUUGUUUUUUUUAGUGGGUGUGGAAUGAAAUUAACCCCGAUGCCUGCUUGCCACAAAUGAACGACUCUGUCUCGCCGAAAGGGAACCUUUAUCGUAAUGUAUAGGACAACAUUGGGUGCAUCCCAGACCAAUUCAGAGCUUGGCUUCUGAAUUUUGGAAAGCAAUCUUCGGGUCUCCUCAACCUUGUAAUCCCCUCCUCUCCUUUAUUGCGCUUGUGACACAGCGAGAGGGCUAAAUGCCCUUCUGUCCUGAUCCUCAGGUUUCUGUGAUCUUAUUAGGAUCACCGUGUCUUUUUUUUCCCUGCGGCUUUUGCGCUGAAACAGCCCUCCUUGGGGGGGGGGGGGGGCAGUCCUUACGAAGUUAACCAAGUUAAUUUCAAGCACUGAUGAAUUUAUUUGAGGGUGUGUGCAAGUGGGAUGAGAGCGACGCACGAAGUUAAGACGGGUGAAACGUAAGAAAAAGGUUCAGAGGAGAAAUUCGGACAGUUGCGUCUUGUGUCUCUUCCUUCAAGCGAGGGUGGAUAGAAUUAAUCAGCUGUAAUGGAUUUUGAUGUCUUGACUGUUUCUCUCUUUUAUUUUUCUCGCUCUUCCUUUGUUUAUGAACCCUUUCACGACUUCUGCAAUUGUCUCUUGUACCUUUGGAUUUAUUUUUAUUUUAUUUUUUUGGAGGGGGAUAAAUUAACGACGCUGCUCCCAUUUCAAUCCGGCCUCCUCCCUUUCAAAAUUACAGUUUUCCAAAAUACCCCUAAAUUGGCAGGUCUCUUAUUUCCUCCUGGGUCCAAGGGAGGCCCACUCCAGGAGGUGUUGGUUUGGGGAGGGGGCACGCACUGAGGGUAGCUUGUGCCAGUCUAAUCCGCGCAGAGGUCACAAUUGGGAUGAUUCUGACGUUUCUUUGGGCCGAAA